AUUUAAUUAUAUCCAUGAUGGAGCUCCCUGUGGUGGAAUGGCAGGACUGUGCACAUAGGAAGUGGACACAACUUCCACGAUGUGAAAAAGCAAAGUUUUCUGCAACCUCAGGUCUUAUGGAGAGCUUCAUGGCUUGUUGGUCACAAUUUCAGCAGGAAGAAGAGGAGUUGCUAGAAAGGCUGUGUUGUGAUCUAAGUGUUGGAAAAGAACCUCGUGCUGUGCUAUUCUACAAGGAAGAGGGAAAUAAGAGGUUUGGAAGAAAACAGUACACAGCUGCAGCAGUUUUAUAUUCCAAGGCUAUCUCCCAUGGCAGCCCUGGCACCGAGGAGAUUGCAAUAUGCUUUGCCAAUCGAUCAGCAGUUCUUUUUCACCUUGGCCAUUACUCAGAAUGCUUGGAAGACAUCGAUCGUGCACAAGAGCAUGGUUAUCCUGAACGACUAAAGAGCAAAAUACUUCAGCGGCAGGCAGAGUGUUUGCAAAAGCUGAAACAAUCUGGCUCCUCCGGCAUUCGUCUUCCCAGCACAGAAAGUAUUAGCCUGACUGAUCCCACAAGGGAGCUUGCUGAAGAUGUGGUAUGUGACAAACUACAAGAGCUGAAGUUAGACAGAAACCUGCAGCUAACUAAUGCUUCCAGCUCCCUGACCAUGCAGUUCAGCAGUCCCAAAGGUCGACACUUGGUGGCUUCUCAAAACAUUGCACAUGGAGAGCUCUUGAUAAGGGAAGAAGCCUAUGUCAGUGUGAUUAUUCCUGACAGAAAGCCAAUCAGCAGUAAAGCCACAUGGGACAUCAGUAUAACUAACUGUGAUCUUUACUGUCACCACUGCCUACAAAGGAUUUUGGCCUCCCUACCUUGUAACCAGUGCAGUUUUUCUAGAUAUUGUAGCCCUAACUGCAGAGAUGAGGCCUGGAAGGGGUAUCACUAUGCUGAAUGCUCCUUGGGGAGCCAACUUCUUACUUUAGGUGUGUUCUGCCACACAGCACUGAGGGCAGUUCUGCUUGCUGGCCUUAGACAUGUUUCUGAGGUCUUCCACCAGGCAUUAGUUGUUAAGACUAAAGCUCAAGACAAUUUAAGGGAGGCAGCUUCUAAUGAGCUGUAUUGUAGCAACUAUAAAUCUUUAUUCAAUCUUCAAGCACACCCUGAACAUCAUAAAGACGAGCAUAAGUUUCUCUUUGGACUCACAAGUGCAGCUUUAUGUAAGAAAUUAUGCCUCAGCCUCCUGAAAACAAACAGGGAAGCAUCAAGUCUAAAUGCAGAGGGAACAACAGAAAAAGAACAAUCGGGCAUGUACAUCAUUGGAUCAGCUAUACUCCUUCACAUGCUCCAGCUCCAUUGCAAUGCUCAAGCAGUGACUGUCCUCCAGCAAGCAUACGAAGAGCCUGCUGCCUCACUAGUGGAAAGCAACAAGUUCUCACGUCUUGCUACUGCAAUUUUCCCAGUUCUAAGCUUGUUAAACCAUUCAUGUGAACCAAACACAAGUGUAUCCUUUCAAGGCAGAUAUGCAAUGGUUAGAGCUUGCAAAACAAUCACAAGAGGGGAGGAAGUGGUCCACUGCUAUGGACCAUACAAGUUACGUAUGGGCUUUGAGGAAAGACAAAAGUUGCUGAGGGACCAGUAUUUCUUUGUCUGCCAAUGCACGGCCUGCACAGAGGAACAGAGACCCGCAGUUAAAGCUUUAUGUGAUUUCUGCUGUGAGAAGUGUCAUGCAGGGUUGGAGGGAGAAGAUGUACUGCGCUGUGUCAAUGUGUCCUGUUCACACACUGUGAGAAGACAGCAGCUGGCCCUCAGGUUGCAGAAUCUUCAGCAGGCUGUUCAAAAGGCUCGAGAACACUUACAGGACAACCAUCCAGAUAUGACCGUAGAACUGCUGACGUCAUGUUUAUCUGAAGCCAGUGAAUUUCUUUCUAAGAACCACAUGUCAUUUGGCGAGAUUUUUGAUCAGUUGGCGCAGGCUGAAGCAUCAAGAGGUGACUGGGCCACAGCAGCAAGACAUCUUAAAAAAAGUAUCCAGACUGUAAAACAGCAUUAUGAAGCAUCCAGCUUAGAAGUUGGUCAUGAAUUGUUUAAGCUGGCCCAGAUCCUAUUCAAUGGGUGCAAUGUGGAUGAAGCGAUGAAUACUAUUGUGAGAGCCCAACAUAUACUUUGCUUGCAUUAUGGACCUGAUCAUUGCUUAGUACAAGAGCUGAAUGAAAUGAAGACAUGUCUACUUGAACUCCCUGGAAUGAAGGGUUCACUGGAGAGCUAA